AUGCACAUUUUUGAAUCAAUUCCUCGUCCAGUGAAGACAUACCACUCCAAAACCUACGACCGCAUAGCCAAAGACCACGGUUUCCACGGAGAGGGCAAGACGGUCCUCAUCACAGGAGGCUCAAGCGGAGUCGGCUACAGCAUCGCCCAGGCCUUCGCAGCAGCCGGCGCAGCCCGCGUGGCCAUCGUCUCGCGCUCGCCGGGGCCGCAGGCUGGAGCCAAGGCCGCCCUGGAAGCCGCAAACCCGGCCGUCACCAUCCUGGCGUACCAGGCGUGCGUCACAGACGCCAGCCGCAUGGAAGAGAUCCUGAGGGACCUCGGGACAGUCGACGUCCUGGUCCUGGGCGCGGCGGCCGUGCACCGCCGCGCCAGGGCAGUAGAGAUCACCCCGGAGGAGGUGCGGGAUGCGUUCGCCACGAACGUCGUCGCCUUGUUUGAGCUGACCAAGGCAUUUCUGGCGCUGCCGCCGCCGGGGCCUGGCGGCGGCAGGACCAUCAUCAAUAUUUCCUCCGCCGGGGCGCAGGUCAGCGGGGCGCGGCGCGUCGGCUACGGGCCCAGCAAGGCGGCCGCCGCGCAGGUGCUUCAGCACUUUGCCUCGGACGCCCGGCAAGUCCAAGGUCAGGGACAGGUGAGAGGUGGUGGGGGAGGAAAUGAGGGGGCGAAAAUCGUCUCCUUCCACCCCGGCGCGUUCUACACGCCCACCGUGGCUGAGCACUUCGCCGCGGACGAGGUCAAGUGGGACAGCCUGGACCUGCCGGCGCAUUUCGCGCUUUGGCUUGCUGGCUCUGAGAGCGGGUUUCUUCAUGGUCGGCAUGUGUGGGCUAAUUGGGAUGUUGAUGAGUUGGUAGCGCUCAAGGACAGGCUGGCGACUGAUCCGCAUUUUCUGACCAUAGGACUUGUGUUGUGA